UACUGUGUGCUGUGUCAUUUUAGGUUGUCUUCUCCGGUCCAGACUGCACCUGCUUCAGUGAUGGAGCAGAAGGCGGUGUCGCAUGAGGCUGCAGAGGCAGACCGUCCAGCCGGAGCAGCGCCGUCGCUUCAGUGCUGCACAGGUGCUUGUUGUCAUGGAGGAGCAAAGAUGGCGGUCCUGGCCUAUAGCCUGGGCAAACGCGAAAUAAAUCAACAUUUCACCAUUAAAAAUGCCAAACUAAUAUCGCUGGUGCUCGUCGCUCUACUCGUCGUGUUUCACACAGUUUCGCGGUAUCAUGGAGGCGGAGACUCAUGUGAAUGGCUGCUGUCAAGAGGACGCUACUUGGGGGAGAAUGUAUGGCAGCCCUAUGGCUGCAUGAUGCACAAAUACAAAAGCACUGAAGCCAAAACCUGCCUCGCUGAAAAGCGGGUGGCCUUUCUUGGUGAUUCAAGAAUAAGGCAGCUAUUUUACUCCUUCAUCAAAAUUGUUGAUCCAGAGCAAAGAGCAGGUGGAAUCAAGCACGAGGACAUUCCUUUUGAAGAUGAGUCUAACUCUGUUAAUGUGGACUUCCUGUGGUAUCCAGAGGCAAAUAAUUCCAUGAAAGAGCGCUUGAUGGCAUGGACGCACGAAGCGUCAGUAAAGCCAGAUGUUGUCGUCAUUGGAGCUGCCACAUGGUCCAUCAAGUAUCACAGUGGCAGCAGCGAGGGCUUGCAGCAGUACAAAGUGAACCUGACGGGCAUCGCUGUGCACCUGGAGAAACUGGCUGAGCAUGUAGAGGUCUACUGGGUCGUGCAAGACCCUGUGAAUGAGGAGGUGUUGAGUGACAGCAGGAAAAUGAUCACCAACCAGCAGCUGGCUCUAUACAAUGAAGCAGCAGAAGACAUUCUCAAUGGCAGCAAGCGAAACGGCAGGUCCCGAGUCAAGCUGUUUGCUGCGUCCCGCCAGGCUGCCCUCGAGACCAUCGACCAAUCAGAAGAUGGCUUGCACCUACCAGAGGGCACCAUGAAUGUGGGAGCUAUGGUCCUCAUGAACUCUGUGUGCAACAAAAUGCUCAAGCCCAUUGAUGGCUCCUGCUGCCAGACGCUUUCACCCCCAAACCUCCUUCAGAAGCUGUCAGCAUGUUUCUUCCUGGGCUCUGCCGUGGUCUACGUGGUCCUCCACUUCCUUGGCUCCAACCGACACCGCAGAGCGGUGCCCCAUGAUGUGGAGAGCCUGGAAGAGAAGAAGCCUGCAUCUGCAGCUGCCCCCCCGGGUCCAAAGGCACCUUUCCAGGCCCUCUGCAGGAUGGGCAUCAUCAUGGCCUAUUUUUACCUCUGUGACAGAGCCGAUGUGUUUAUGAAAGAACAGAAGUACUACACACACUCUGCGUUCUUCAUCCCUCUCAUCUAUAUAUUUGUCCUGGGCAUGUUCUACAAUGAGAACAGUAAAGAGACCAAAUUACUCAACCGAGAGCAAACCGAUGAGUGGAAAGGCUGGAUGCAGUUGGUCAUCCUGAUAUAUCAUAUAUCUGGAGCCAGUGCUUUUAUACCAGUUUACAUGCACGUGCGUGUGCUGGUGGCUGCAUACCUCUUUCAGACUGGCUAUGGACACUUUUCAUUUUUCUGGCUCAAAGGAGACUUUGGACUCUAUAGAGUCUGCCAGGUCAUUUUCCGUCUAAACUUCCUGGUCGUGGUGCUGUGUCUUGUCAUGGACAAACCUUACCAGUCCUAUUACUUUGUUCCACUGGUCACCUUCUGGUUUGUCGUCAUCUACGCAUCGCUCGCCAUGUGGCCUCAGAUCCUUCAGAAGAAAGCAAACAAUAGUGGCAUGUGGCACCUCGGCGUCUUGGCAAAGUUGUUGUGCCUCCUGCUGUUCAUCUGCUUCUUUGCGUUUUCACAGGGCUUCUUUGAGCGUAUUUUCUCUGUGUGGCCCAUCUCCUAUCUGUUUGAGCUGAACGGGAGCAUCCACGAGUGGUGGUUCAGGUGGAAGCUGGACAGAUUUGCGGUGAUCCAUGGCAUGUUAUUCGCCUUCAUCUAUCUGGUGCUGCAGAAGUGCCAGGUGCUAGCAGAGGGCAAAGGCGAGGCUCUCUUCUCUGCCAAGAUUUCCAACCUGCUUCUCUUCCUGUCUGUCGUCUUCUUCAUAACUUACUCAAUAUGGGCGAGCGGCUGCAAAACCAAAACGGAAUGCAAUGAGAUGCAUCCGUACAUCUCUGUGGUCCAGAUUUUGGCCUUUAUUCUCAUCAGAAAUAUUCCCGGCUACGCCCGCUCUGUUUACAGCUCAUUCUUUGCAUGGUUUGGAAAGAUCUCCCUUGAGCUGUUCAUAUGCCAGUACCACAUCUGGCUGGCUGCAGACACCAAGGGAGUUUUAGUCCUGAUCCCCGGUAAUCCUUCACUCAACAUCAUGGUCAGCACCUUCAUCUUUGUGUGUGUGGCUCACGAGAUCUCCACCAUAACCAACGACCUGGCCCAGGUGGUCAUCCCCAAAGACAACGUGGCUCUGCUGAAGAGGCUGGGGGCCAUGGGGCUCUGCACUCUAGUAGUACUGCUAGUAGCUAGAGGCAGCCAGCCCAAACUUUGAGUCUGAUGGACACAUGUGGUUGGGUGGGUUGGGUUGGGUUGGGUUGGGUUGAGGGGUGGGGUAGGGGGGCACAGAAGAGUUCCAAGCCCCUGCUGAGUUCCAGACCAGAUUCAAACCAGGAGCAGACUCUGUGUUUGACGAGCUGGUGACUCCAGGAGACAUCCUCAGUCAUGUUGUGGAAGAACAAUGUCUCUCUGGUGGCCUGUGUUGAGUCUUUACCGUUUGACUGCUGUGAAAGUCGCACACUGAAGAAAA